AUGAGCGCGUGUUACCUUGUCUUGAAAGAUUAUGCAGUUCCUUCGGCACCGGAUGAUGACGAAUCCGAUGAUGCCCCUGCACCGCCGAUUCCCGAUCGCCCUGCUCGUACCAUCUCUAUUUAUACAAAGCCAAAAACUGAAGAUGAGAAGCUGGAAUUGUCACUGAGCAAUACUUUAAUAACUGGCGGACAUUUUGGCCUUUGUAAUCGAUCAACUGGACGACGGAAAAAGAUCUCGGAUGCGGAAGUUUUGGCAAAAUUGCGAACAAUUGUUACGAUUGGUAAUCCGGAUCGGAAAUAUCAAAAAGUGGAUAAAAUUGGUUCCGGGGCCUCGGGAUCGGUGUUCACUGCAAUUGAGAUCAGUACAGGUGCGGAGGUAGCAAUAAAGCAGAUGAAUUUAACACAACAGCCCAAGAAGGAGCUCAUAAUUAACGAGAUUCUUGUUAUGCGUGAGAAUAAGCAUGCCAAUAUUGUCAAUUAUCUCGAUUCGUAUCUCGUUGGUGAUGAUUUAUGGGUUGUAAUGGAAUAUCUGGCAGGUGGCUCAUUAACAGAUGUGGUGACGGAAUGCCAAAUGGAGGAGGGUAUGAUUGCGGCGGUGUGCAGAGAAGUGCUGCAAGCGCUGGAAUUCCUCCACAGCCGGCAUGUUAUCCAUCGUGAUAUCAAAUCGGACAAUAUCCUUCUUGGUCUGGAUGGUUCCGUGAAACUAAGUUCGUCCCACUACAUGCUUUUUUGUUUUUUCUCCCCGUCAUUUUUAAAGUUUUAA